AAGCGCUCGCAGAAACUUCAUCCGCUUGCCAAGGACUCUAAAUGCGGUGACAACCACAGACAUGAUCAUAACUUGCUGUCUACCCGUCAAUGAGCUCUGAGUUCCCUGCAGUGUUACAACACCAUGUCCAGGUCCAUGCACGUCUCCCCACGUGUUCCUCUGCUAUCAAGACUCAACGGCGUGCGGUAGUACCAAACCUAGGUAAUGUUUCCGCCUUACAUAAGCAGCGGCUGUUUACCUACCAUUUCAGCGUGUUCCUCUCGAAGCUCUCCCCAUGUGCCUGGUAAAAGUAUCAUAUUUUGAAACUGGUCAACCACGAACCAUUUGGUUGGGUUGUCUAUCUGACACUAACAAUUUAUCACCGCUGCAGCGGGACAGCCACAUGUUCCAUCAUGGCAUCUUAGCUAGGCAGUACUUCCUCGGUAGAGACCACCCUUUUGUGACAUAUGCAGUCAUCCGACCCCGUUCUUCAACUUUCCUAAUGAAUCCUAUGUUUUGGCUUCACCACGCAAGCGUCGAUCGAAUCUGGUUGAUCUGGCAAACUGUAUUGGAUUCAAUCACUGCAGAUCGACGGUACAAUGUACCGCAUCAGAACAGCGGCGCAGUCAGCCGUGGCCGACACACUUGUUUCCUCGACAAGGCUUGGCCGAGUGUCUCGGUCGAACUGUUGUCGGUCUGACACUCAUCGUAGGGAUAUCCGCCGCCGUUCCAUGUUCGUCUGGGGUUCGCAAGUCCCGAUCGGUUUC